AUGUUACCUCAGGGGUCACAUCUGGGGCCUAUUUUCUUUAAUAUCUUCGUAAACGAUAUUGGCGAUAACUUUCAAUCAGAAUUUUUGCUGUAUGCAGACGAUUUGUAUGAGACGAUCUUCAGAAUGAUAACCAGUGGGCAAGACCUUCGAGUUCUUCAGAAUGACAUAGACAAGCUUUCGUUGUGGUACCGAUUAAACAAAUUGGACUCGAACGUCACAAAAUGUGUUACUGUAUCCUACUCACSGUCACAUAUCAGAAUACCAGCUAAUUAUUAUCUAAAUGAUGAGUUGUUAAGUGAAGUGGAUCAUGUAAAUGACCUGGAUAUCAUCAUAGACAAUCAACUGACAUUUAACAAGCAUAUUGAGAAGAUCACUCUCCAGGAUUUUAAAGCUCUGGGAUUCAUUACUAGAACUAGUAAGGAUUUCAUGAAUCCCAUCUCACUGUUACGCCUUUAUUCAUCAAUGGUUCUGCCAAUUUUAGAAUAUGGCACUGUAAUUUGGUCGCCUUAUACCGAUGAAGCCUCUAGUCGUAUUGAAAAAAUACAAACAAAGCUAAGUAAAUGUAUUGGCUAUCAAUAUGGGAUUCCUGGCGGUUACAACACAGUGUAUGAUAUUUAUAAACACUAUAACAUCAACAGCCUGCAAGAACGUCAUCAAGUACCUGACAUGAUAUUUUUCUUCAAAGUCGUGAACGGCCUUAUCGAUGCGCCAGACAUCAUCAGCAGUUUCGAAUUUGCAUCAGUGCGUCUCUCACUGAGACGUAACCGUCUCUUGAAGACUAUGAAAACUACCAAGAGCUACAUUUUCAAUGGUCCACACAACCGUCUGGCCAGGCUCGUYAACUCAUUACAUAGUGAUGUGGACUUCUAUAGCGGAUCACUCAGUGCCUUCAUCCCGGAUAUCAAAUCACGUCUACUGCAAUAUCCCUAG